GUUUGUAAAGAGUAGAUUUUAAUCAAUUAUUUUUUUCUAGGCCACUUCCAUAUCGAGUGAGCAAAAUCUACGUCUGGUAUUCAACAAUAUUUUUAAUAUACAGAACAUUCGCAAUGUUUUUAAUCACUGCUUCAGUCAAUGAUGAAUCUAUUAAGCCACUUGAUGUUUUUCGAACAAUACCCAAAUAUGGAUGGCUUCCACAAGUUCAAAGAUUAUGCAGUCAAAUUCAGCAGGAUGGCACAGCAUUAAGUGGAAGAAACUUUUUCUUUUUGACUCGAGGCUUGAUUAUCUCGAUUGCUGGGACUGUUGUGUAAGCUAUGCAUUUUGUUGGUUCCAAUGAAAUUUAACAUCGUCCAUCCUCAAUAUUUUUUUUAGAACCUAUGAAUUGGUUUUACGUCAGUUAUAUGAUUCAAACAUUCAACCAGAAGAGUUUGAUCCAUGCAGUGGCAUUCGUAAUCACUCGGCUAUAUAGAUACCACCUUAUUUCUUGCGGUUGACGUUCUAUGUAUAAUUUAAAAAGAUAAAUUGCUUGCUGCACAGUUCCUGAUUGAAGUAUCUCCAUUUUUCUCUGUUACCUUUUCAAAGUUUUCAGUUCAUUAUUAUUCACGGAUUUUGAUUAUCAGUUAUAAUUGUCACUCAUAUUUGCAUAUUUUAUGAGUUAAUGAUAAUUAGUUCUAGGUUUAAUUAACAAGCAUCUAGUUUUAAAGGAGUGGAUGUGAUUAAAGAUGGCAAAACUUUUCAACAAAGUACAAAACAAGAAAUCGAAGGAUGACAACACUUUCCACAUUAUUUUUGCACCAGUGUUGGCACUCGCACAAGUUUUUGGUGUUCUUCCGAUCACAGGAAUUUUUUCGAGAAACAUAAAAAAUAUAAAGUUUAAAUUUCUGUCAUUUCGUACAUUUCAUACUAGCUUGUGGCUGGUUGGUGCGUUCAUUUUUCAAAUUCUUGAAGUCCACCGAUUGGCAUAUGAAGAAAAAAUAAACGCAAAAUCCAUUGGUGGGAUCGCAUUCUACUGCGUUGCAAUAGCUUCGUGUGUUACUUUCUUUCGUGUUGCAGCCAAGUGGAAUGAAUUGCUUUAUUCAUUUGAACAUAUUGAGGCUAUUUUUAGCAAAAGUUGUUAUACUUUAUCAGGAUGGAGUCUUAGAAAGCAAAUAAACUGUGCAACGUGCUUAAUGAUGACAUUUGGGGCUAUCGAGCAUUCUCUCUCUUGGUUUUCAUUCGUUUACGAUCGAAUUAUACAGGCAGAGAUUUGCAAAUGGGAAAUUGGAUCUUGGUUCUUCUAUUUAGCCACACUUCAUUUGGUCCAAAUUUACAAGUUUCUCCCAGUUAACGUUUUUACGGUGAUUUGGGCUGAGUACAUGAACAUUUCUUUUACAUUCACAUGGAACUUUAUCGACCUAUUUAUCAUGAUUAUGAGCUUCUCGAUAGCUUCAAAGUUUAAGAUGAUUAAUGAACGAUUAGAACAUUUUAAAGGAAAAGUAGUUUUAGAUGAGUUCUGGGACGAAGUUCGAUAUCAUUAUAAUAAAAUAUGCGAACUAAAUGAACGUGUUGAUAACAUACUUGGAAGCUUGAUUUGUAUUGCAUGCUUAAGUGACUUAUACUAUGUUUGCUUGCAGCUUCUGAAUGUGGCAACGCCACUUCCAUUCCUCGUUAAUAAAAUCUAUUUCUGGUACUCUACUGUAUUUUUGAUAUGCCGUACAUCUGCGAUGUUUUUGAUUUCUGCAUCUAUUAAUGAAGAAUCUAUUAAGCCACUCUCUGUAUUUCGUACGAUUCCAAGUAAUGGAUGGACUCAGGAAGUUCAAAGAUUUUGUAAUCAAAUUCAAAACAACGGAGUUGCACUUAGUGGAAAGAAUUUCUUCUUUCUUACAAGAAGCAUAGUUAUUUCCAUAGCUGGAACUAUUCUAACUUAUGAAUUGGUGUUGCUUCAAUUUGAUGGUGAGAAAAUUGUUUCCAUUAUGUUUGAUCCUUGUGAAACUAUAGCUAAUAACUCUGCUAUUCAGCCUCUAAUCCAAAAUUAGAGUUAAUUUUUAACUAUUGUUACUGUUACCUUAAUAAAAAUUUGAUUUUUGAGCAAUUUAAGUAUGUAAUUUCUUGUUAGUAUCCUUUAUUCUUUGUAUCAUUCUUUUAGUAUUGUUUAUGGUAAUUAUAAAAUUGCGAUAAGGAUUUUAGAAGAAGAAACGCAUUCGACGGCUUUGACGAUCAUGUAGUAAAUUGAAUUUGUUUACUAGCUGAUUAAUGUCAUUUGCGGCUUUUGUUAAAGUACCCAAAUACAUGAUUAAUCCGACAUCAUUUGACUGUGUGUGAAAUUCUUCCUUAAACAUUGGAUUUUGAACGACUGGUAAACGAUGACUUAAAGUAAAUGCUUCUCUCAAAAUUUCAUGAUUUGCCUUAAGUUUACCUUCACAAACUGCCUCAACAUAUUCCAAAACUAACUUGACACGCGAAUGAAGCAUUUUUAUAGCGACAUGUUGUGCAAUGAGAUGAUCAGCAACUAAAAAUUGGCAUAAUAUUGAACAUACGAAAUUAAAUUGCAAUAAUGUAAAAUUAUUACCGAAAGAGUUUGAAUUAGUGUCAUUGGAUUGAGCCACUCGAGCAACAUGAUCAACACCUAUACGCUCUGCUUCCUCUGUUGCUAAUGUAUAAGUAAGUGGAACAAAUAACAUCGUUGCUUCUCCAGCAACAAUAUCAAUUACAGACUCAAAAAGUUGUAUAGGAAGUUGUUCAACGUGUUUAUUGCUAGUAUCCAUGAGAAGCAAUAUUGGACUUUCAUUGAUUUGACAAAUCUGACGAUGAAUUUUAAUAUGUUUGUCAGUCGGUGCUGGACUAGUCGUGUACCAUCCCAAAAAAUCUAAAUCACUAAAUACUUGCUUAUCUGAAAUCGAAUUAAAUUUACUCGCAAAUAUUAGACUGUUGAUUAAGAAAUAAAUAUCAUUGCUUACAUUGCUCUUCCUUAGUAUUGUAAUAAUCUCGAUUAAUCACAAUAUCGCCAUCAAUUGUCUCAUACUUCAGUUCAAAGGAAUUGAAAAUUUCAAUCUUUCGUCCUUCCUGUUUUCCAAUUAAAGCACCAUAAACAGCAAGGGAACUUCCUUCCUGAGCUCUAAUACGUGUCCAAUGUUCUGAGAUAUUCAUUAAAACUAGUGGAUGUAGUGAUAUAACUACAGAAGGCUGCAUUGAUUUUGCAACAAUUUGCUUUUUUGAUGAACUUUCGCCGAUCUCGUCAAUAUCCAUCUUUUCAAUAGGUUUAUCGACUUCCAUUUUAUAGAUUAGUCUCUUAAUCAAUUAGCACAAUACUUUAAAACUGAAUUAAACUUCAAUAAACAAGCAAAUAACUAUAACUAGCAAAAUUGUGAAUUCGAAAUGAAAAUUCAGUUUUGUAAACAACCAAAAUGUGGC